UGGUGGACGCACCUGUGAGGAACGCUAAAGCCAGCCCGGCCGGUACCGCCUGGUGUUCCCCGCCAGCAGCGUAAACACUUGACUGCUUUUUAGCACCAUCCUGGAUUUUAAAAGCUACGGCUGUGUGGAGUUUACAGCUGGAUAUUAGCAGAUGGAUACUCUUGGCGUUGUGUUUAACUAAGUGAUGGAACUAAGAGAGGCCAGUGGAUCCCUUGUCAGCUCCAAUUCCCAGCGGACAACAUGAUGGAGGAAAUUCCUCUCGCCCUGACAGUCAGAGAAGUCCAUUCCAUAAGACCUUGCACUAUGAGUCUUGAUAGCAUCUGUUCUGAAGUGUAAAAAGAAACAUAUAUAGGAAUAACCUCCUCCUAUCGGUCCUCUCUUUAACCCUACGGACGAAAACGACCACUGCCCUGCAACCAAUGGACAGUUUACUGAUGUAAACAUACUGACCCUAAGACUGUUAACCUCGACUGUUCUCCUGCUUCUGCCCUUUUCCCUUCAAAAACAUAUUUUUCUAAGAAAUAUUUAUCAGAAUAUAUCUCUGCACAUACUGUGGAUAAAACUGUGGAUCACUGAAAUUCAGUCCGACCCAUCCUAAGAUUUUAACACCCCUUUUUUGGAUUACAUUUUUUUUAUUUGCAGCUAUGGGUCUUGUAGGUUUUUCUAUCAGACUGCAAGUAUUCCUCAGCACAUGUCUGGGACUGGACUUUUUAGGCACACCAGGUCAGUGGGCACGCUACCUCCGCUGGGACGCCAGCACCCGUGGUGACCUGAGCUUCCAGUUCAAGACGGAGGCUUCGGAGGCGCUGCUGCUGUACUUUGAUGAUGGAGGCUACUGUGACUUUAUGCAGCUAUCGGUGGUGGAGGGCCGAGUGCAGCUGGGUUUCAGCAUCGACUGUGCUGAGACCACAGUCGUGUCUGACAGACGGGUGGACGAUGGCAGCUGGCACUCUGCCACUCUGAGCAGGUACAACCUGCGCACAGUUUUGGUACUGGAUGGUCAGGCCAAAGCAGAUGAGGUGCGACCUCAGCGUCUGUUCAUGAAAAUAGUCAGCGAUCUGUUCCUGGGUGGAGUGCCUCAGGAUAUCCGCAACGGUGCACUCACACUGCCUACAGUGCGAAACAUGCAGCCCUUCAGGGGCACAAUUACAGACCUCAAAUAUGGCAUCUCGCAGCCCCUUUUCCUGGGAAGCUUUAUGGUGCCCCUGGAGUCUGAAGGGUGGUGCACAGUGAACCCAUGUGAGAAUGGCGGUACAUGCUCAGUGGUGGAUGGACAGCCAGUCUGUGACUGCUCCAAAACCGAAUACAAGGGCCGCUUCUGCAGUGAAGAGGUCAACAACAAUAUGCCAGGCCUUGCACAUAUGAUGGCAGAACAAGCUAAAAGCAAAGCGAGGGAAGAGAAUGUGGCCACUUUCCGUGGCUCGGAGUACUUCUGCUACGAUCUUUCCCAGAACCCCAUCCAGAGCAGCAGCGACGAGAUUACGCUCUCCUUCAAGACGUGGCAGCGCAACGGCCUUAUCCUUCAUACCGGCAAGUCAGCUGACUACGUCAACCUGGCACUGAAGGACGGCGCUGUCUCCCUCGUUAUCAACCUGGGCUCCGGAGCCUUUGAGGCCAUUGUGGAGCCAGUCAAUGGGAAGUUUAACGACAACUCGUGGCAUGAUGUCAAAGUGACCCGCAACCUCCGGCAGCAAAAAAGCAUGGGACGCGCAAUGGUAAACAUACUCCAUCUUAUGGUGACAAUAUCCGUGGAUGGGAUUCUGACCACUACGGGUUACACCCAGGAAGACUACACCAUGUUGGGCUCUGAUGACUUCUUCUAUGUGGGUGGCAGUCCCAGCACCGCUGACCUGCCUGGAUCUCCAGUCAGCAACAACUUCAUGGGCUGUCUCAAGGAGGUGGUGUAUAAGAACAAUGACAUCCGUCUUGAGUUGUCCCGGUUGGCUCGCAUUGUGGACCCUAAGAUGAAAAUCCAGGGUGAAGUGGCCUACAAGUGUGAAAAUGUAGCCACUCUGGACCCCAUUUCUUUCGAGACUCCCGAGGCCUACAUCAGCCUCCCAAAGUGGAACACCAAGCGGAUGGGAUCCAUCUCUUUCGAUUUCCGCACAACUGAGCCCAACGGCCUAAUCCUCUUCACCCAUGGCAAACCUCAGGAGCGCAAAGACACUGCCCGCAGCCAGAAGAACACCAAGGUGGACUUCUUUGCAGUGGAGCUGCUGGAUGGCAGCUUGUACCUUCUGUUGGACAUGGGCUCAGGGACUAUCAAGGUGAAGGCCACGCAGACAAAGGUCAAUGAUGGUGCCUGGUUUCACGUGGACAUCCAGAGAGAUGGACGCUCAGGGACCAUCUCCGUAAACAGCAGAAGGACCCCGUUCACAGCCAGUGGUGAGAGCGAGAUUCUGGACUUAGAGGGCGACAUGUACUUAGGGGGGCUUCCCAAUGACCGCACCAACCUCAUCCUGCCCACUGAGCUCUGGACGGCGAUGCUCAACUAUGGCUAUGUGGGCUGUAUCCGUGACCUUUUCAUUGACGGUCGAAGCAAAGACAUCCGUCAGAUUGCUGAGGCACAAAAUGGCGCUGGCAUCAAACCCUCUUGCAACAAGCAACCAGGCAAGCAGUGUGAGAGCUACCCAUGCAAGAACCGAGGUGUCUGCAAAGAAGGCUGGAAUCGAUUCAUCUGCGACUGCACUGGUACUGGCUUCUGGUCACGCACCUGUGAAAGAGAGGCGUCCAUCCUCUCCUAUGAUGGCAGCAUGUAUAUGAAGGUGGUGAUGCCAACCAUCAUGCACACUGAAGCUGAGGAUGUCUCCCUGCGUUUUCGCUCGCAGCGGGCCUAUGGCCUCCUCAUGGCCACCACCUCCCGAGACUCAGCCGACACGCUCAGGCUGGAGUUGGAUGGGGGUCGCGUCAAACUCACGGUCAACCUAGACUGUAUCAGGAUAAUCUGUAACUCCAGCAAGGGACCGGAGACCCUGUAUGCCGGACAAAAGCUUAAUGAUAAUGAAUGGCAUACAGUGCGAGUGGUGCGUCGCGGCAAAACCUACAAGCUAACUGUUGACGAUGAUGUAGCAGAAGGCCAAAUGGUGGGCGACCACACUCGCCUGGAGUUCCACAACAUCGAAACAGGCACCAUGACAGAGCGUCGAUUUGUUUCCAGCAUCCCGUCCAGCUUCAUUGGUCAUCUGCAGAGCCUUAGAUUCAACGGCAUGCUCUACAUCGACCUGUGCAAGAAUGGUGACAUUGAUUAUUGCGAGCUCAAUGCCCGCUUUGGGAUUCGUUCUAUUAUUGCCGACCCUGUCACCUUUAAAUCCAAGAGCAGCUAUCUGAGCCUGGCCACCCUACAGGCCUACACAUCCAUGCACCUCUUCUUCCAGUUCAAGACCACCUCUCCAGACGGCUUCAUAAUCUUCAACUCUGGAGAUGGCAAUGAUUUUAUCGCUGUAGAACUUGUUAAAGGAUACAUCCACUAUGUUUUCGACCUGGGAAAUGGGCCCAACCUCAUCAAGGGCAAAAGUGACAGGGCAUUGAAUGACAACCAGUGGCACAAUGUGGCCAUCACCCGGGACAACAGCAACACCCACACACUGAAGGUAGACGCUACAGCCACCAGUCAGAGUAUCAACGGGGCCAAGAACCUGGACCUGAAAGGUGAUCUGUUCAUCGCAGGACUGGGUCCAGGGAUGUAUGGCAGCCUGCCUAAACUGGUGGCUUCCAGAGAGGGCUACCAGGGCUGUUUGGCAUCGGUAGACCUCAACGGUCGCCUGCCAGAUCUCCUCAAUGACGCUUUGUUUCGCAGCGGGCAGAUUGAGCGUGGAUGUGAAGGUCCCAGCACCACCUGUCAAGAGGACUCCUGUGCCAACAUGGGGAUUUGUAUCCAGCAGUGGGAGAACUACACCUGUGACUGCUCCAUGACCUCCUACACUGGUACACAGUGCAAUGACCCUGGGACGACGUACAUCUUUGGCAAAGGAGGAGGCCUUAUUACAUUCAAGUGGCCAGCCAAUGAGAGACCGAGCACCAGGACGGACAGGCUGACUGUCGGCUUCAGCACCUCCCUGAAAGAUGGCAUCCUGGUCAGGAUUGACAGUGCACCAGGUCUGGGGGACUAUCUUAUGCUGCACAUAGAACAAGGCAAAAUUGGAGUGACAUUUAACAUUGGCACAGUGGAUAUCAGUGUGCAGGAGAGCAGUACCCCAGUGAAUGAUGGGAAGUAUCAUGUUGUUCGCUUCACAAGGAAUGGUGGCAAUGCUACACUACAGGUGGAUAACUGGGCGAUCAAUGAACACUUUCCAACAGGGAACAGUGACAUUGAACGCUAUCAAAUGGCCAAUAAGAAAAUUCCUUUCAAAUACGCCAGACCAGUAGAAGAGUGGCUACAAGAGAAAGGACGGCAGCUAACAAUUUUCAACACUCAAGCAACAGUCGGAAUUGGCGGUAGUGAUUAUGGCAGGCCCUUUCAGGGUCAACUGUCUGGCCUUUAUUACAAUGGCCUCAAAGUGUUGAACAUGGCUGCUGAGGGCAACCCCAACAUCAAGAUUAAUGGAAGUGUGAGGUUGGUAGGUGAUGUUCCCAGUGUGGCAGGCUCAGCCCGGACCACGGCCAUGUCUCCAGAAAUGUCCACUGCCUUCAUUGAGACUACAACCAUGAUGUCUACCACUACCACACGGAAACACAGAUCCUCCUCAACUGUACAGCAUACGGCAGAUGAAAUUGUGUCAUCUGCAGAGUGUUCGAGUGAUGACGAAGACCUGGAGGAGUGUGAAACUAUCCAUGCAGGUGGGCUAGCACUCCCCACAGAGCCGGGCGUCAGGCGAGUUCCAGGGCCCUCGGAAGUGGUCCGUGAAUCUAGCAGCACCACCGGGAUGGUCAUCGGAAUAGUGGCGGCCGCUGCCCUGUGCAUCCUCAUCCUUCUGUAUGCCAUGUAUAAGUACAGGAACAGGGAUGAAGGCUCCUACCAGGUGGACGAAAGCAGGAACUACAUAACCAACUCAGCUGUGCAAAGCAACGGCGCUGUCAUUAAGGACAAACAGCAGAGUUCGAAAGGCAGCAACAAGAAGCAGAAAAAUAAGGAUAAGGAGUAUUAUGUGUGACUGUGAGACUUUCGUGAACACGAGAGAGUGAAGAAAGAAAGCACUAAGAGAACAUUGACUUAUCAGUUUCCUUGCAAGGAGCUAUGACAAAUGA